UGGCAACAAAUUCAACAUGAAACUAGCUAGUUAGGUUUAUUGUAGUUACCACACGCUUCAGAAGUCACGUAGUGAGAGUUUACAUAUAUUGGUAAAAUGCUACAUCAACGUGUUAGUGUCAGUACUCCUUGUGUGUUGCAGUCGGUCUCUCUUCAGUCACCUGUGGGAGAACUACAGGUUAGCGGCUGUGAAAAGGGUGUACACACUAUCACCAUCACUGUGGAAACAGCAGAAAGGUGUUGCAGUGACCUCAGUUGUCACCCAGCAGAAUUGAAGCCAGAGUUGCAGCACUGUGUGAAGUGGCUCCAGAGUUACUUUAGGUCUGCAGAGUCAGUGAGCUCUCUCCGUUUACCUGUCUUACACCAUCAGCUACUGCAAGAAGACUCAUUCACUGCAUGCGUGUUGCGGACACUGCAGACGAGGGUGCCAGUGGGUCAAACUGUCUCCUACAAGCAGCUUGCUGAGAUGGUGGGAAACCCAAAAGCUAUACGAGCAGUGGGAGGAGUGAUGAGAAGAAAUCCGGUUCCUCUGAUUGUGCCAUGUCAUCGUGUGGUGUGUAGCUCAGGUGCAAGUGGCAGGUAUAUGGGGGGGAGAGGAGAUCACAUAAAGCAGUGGCUGCUGUUCCAUGAAAGGCAGGAACAUUAGACCCAUAACCUCAGAGGAUCUAAUUCUACUGUUAAAGGUUGCACAAACUUCAUUUAAAUACCUGCAGUAGGUGAUAGAAGGAUUUUUUUCUCUAUUGUUUGAUGGUUAUUAGAGCUUUACAGUUAGCUAUGGGUUAAACUGGGCCCUGGGGUAAGUUUAGCCCAAAUGAUAGGAAUACUCAAUGCCAUUGUAAGAUUACUCAUAAACACUGUAGUAUAGAGAGAACAACUCUAUAUUCAAAUCUAUGUUAAGAAGUGCUGUUUUGUUAUUGUCCUACUGUUUCUGUUGUAUAUUUCAGACCAAAAAGGUGCUAGAAUUCCACUGCUUCAACUCAUUUUGUGAUUAGAUUGUGAGAUGGAUAGAUAAAUUUAAAGCUGUUGUGAACUAGCUAAUGGGUAAGAUUGUUUAGUGAGGCACUUCUCUAACAAGGGUCUGUUGUCAUUCUGCAAGAGAAAUGUAAACUCAGUUUGAAAACUAAAUACUUAUCAAGUUGAUAACAUGUAUCUUAUAAACAAUACAGAGCCAGUAGAAAAAGUCCUCCUGGAUUGAUUGAUUUAAAAUAUUAUUAAGGGUAUGAUAUUAAGGUUAAUGUCAAUGUGAAUAAAGCUACCAAUUGUUAAUAAUAAUAAUAAUAAUAAUAAUAAUAAUAAUAAUAAUAAUAAUAAUAAUAUAAUAUUAUUAUACUACACAAUGUUACAUUUCACAAUGCCUUCAAAGCUUUUCCUAUUUAGCAAGGAUGUAAUUGGGAUGGAGGCUUUCAGCAUUGUCUCACUGCUCCUUUGCCCCAAAGCAGCUUCACAGAUGUCGAUGCAACGGUGUCUGCUGAAAAUGAACUUUCUCCACUGUACAUUUAAUUUGGUCAGUGUUGCCUCUGUCUGGAACCUCAACCCAUUUUAGCCCCCCUUUUAAAGAUGGAAAACCUCUUAAAAGAGUAAAAAUAUGCCUAGAGUUAAGAAAUAUUUUCAUUUACCAAAAUGGGAUACAUAUGUGUCUUUUCCUGCAAUCUAUAUGUGUUCACAUCACAUAUCUGUUACUCUGCUCAGUAUAUCAUAGUAGAUAUGGCCAGAUAUGGUUGUUAUCCUACCCACCAAAUGAUUUUUAGAAUAUUUUAAAUUAAAAUUAUCUUGUGGACCAUAACUGGCCUAAUUGACAUUGGAUUGAGUGUAACAGGCCUGUUGAGUUUGACACUCCUGCUCUAUUGUAUACUGAUCAGGGCCCUGUUUCCCAAAAUCAUUGUAGUGUUAAGAUCAUCUUAAAUGAUAGUGUGAUCAGUGUAAUAUUUGACUUAUCACUGAUUAAUCACAGUAACCUUUUAACCUUUGUAAUUUGUAGCACACUCUUUAGUAGCCUAUAUAAACUAUUCAUGAAUAUAUGGUUUAUGUGAGGGAAAACGUUUUUUUCUUUUUCUUUUUUUUCAGAUGUCAUGUAUCUAUCUAUCUAUCUAUCUAUCUAU